UGUUGCUCUACAAUAAUUACAGGGCAUGUCUUGGCAUGGUGAGCUACGGCAUGGGUAAUGACUUUUCAGAAGGAUAUUUGAAGAACCAGGGUUGGAGUUUGUAUGUGUGAAGUUCAAAAUAUGCUAUAUUUGUAUAUUGGGAAAAGACAAUACAUCCCAGUUGUGUUAGUAUUUACAAAAUAUUCUCGCAACACUCGCUGUUCACUUUUGGAGGUCGAUUUUUUUUGAUAGAAGUAGAUAGGCUAGAUUUAUCGGGGCAUCGUUCUAGAGAAGAUGUUGUUGGAUAACUAUCAUGAUUAUGUUUUAAUACAAUAGCCUUGCGGAGUUUUGGACAACAUAAUAUUGCAAUAUAUUGUUUGUUAUAAGAUAGAAAACACAUUCCUUUGUCUGCUACAUCCCUACCCGACUUGCCGAGUUAAAGGUUAAAUUAAAAAAAUACCCAUCAAAGAGAUUUCCUUAGAAAUCUGCUACUAUGUGGUGGGCGGGGCAUAUGUAGAUGAUGUAUCCUUAUCCCUGCCUUUAUAUCCAAACGGUCCAUAGAAGGAAACUUUGCUCGAGUGUGGGGGCGCGCUUCUCAGCUACCAACCCUGGCUGUGCCAAACGGUAUAAAUCAAUGGUCAAGAAAGCGUGUGGAGUAUCGGUAAGGAACUGAAGCCAUGAGGACUUCACGGCAGUUUUUUUAAAACAGAGAAUGAACUGGUUUGAUACAUGCCCAAUGACCAAGUGGUUGAUGUGGAUAUCCUGUAGCCUAUAAUCCCGACGGCGCAGACUACAGGACUGGAAUCGAAAGGCAGAUUCUCUUCGAAACGCCCUCAAUCCGAGGGAGGGGAGUAGAGCAGUAGCUUUCUGGUGACAAAGAGGACCAUACACGGCGACCGAGGUUGAAGAUUGAGGUGGAUGAGAGCCAGCGCCAGGCGGGUUGUUUGUGAUUAACUGCUGCUGGGGACUGGGGUAUGGAGAUGUUGCGUCGCUCCUCCGUAUUCGCGGCUGAAGUGAUGGAAGUAUUUGACCGCUCACCCACAGACAAGGAGCUGGUGUCACAGGCGAAGGCUCUAUGCAGGGACUACAUCCAUUCCAGGCUGAACCGAACCGGGAUAGGGUGGUCGAAGGCCGAGCAUCAGCUGUCAGCAUCUGGUGGGAUGCUUGGAGAGGUAUCCUCUGUCCUCAUGUGGUUAGGUGAUGAGUUGGAGUACCUGCGACCCAACAUCUACCGUAACGUAGCUCGUCAGCUGAACAUCACCGUUGCGUCUGAGAGCGUGGUGUCUGAUGCCUUCCUGGCUGUGGCUGCAGAGAUCUUCUCCACCGGUAUAACGUGGGGGAAGGUGGUGUCCCUAUAUGCGGUGGCUGGUGCCCUGGCGGUGGACUGCGUGAGGCAUGGUCACCCAGCCAUGGUCCACACCAUCGUAGACUGCAUGGGGGAGUUUGUCCGCAAGAGCCUGGUCUCCUGGUUGAAGAGGAGAGGAGGAUGGGCUGAUAUCACAAAGUGCGUGGUGAACACAGACCCCAGCUUCCGCUCCCAUUGGUUGCUGUCUGCUGUCUGCACCUGUGGAUAUUACCUGAAGGCCAUGGUGUUUUACCUGCUCCGGGACAAGUGACAACGGAGGAGGAAGGUCACAGACACACGACGAGCAGUCUGCCCUAUACGAACACAGCCACCCCUAUCCAUCAGUGAAGUACAGGACAAACAAGCCCGGUCCCAGAUCAUUUUGUGCUCUUGACAACUCCAGUGAUGUCAUUGUCAAGCCAAACCAUGUUUGUCAUGACAAUGAGUGACAAGGAGUUGCACAAACAGACUGGUACUCGGAGGGGGGGGGGGGCCCAGCCUCCCUCCCCUUCCCCCCUGUCUCUCUGUCUGCUCUGCAGCCAUCACUGCUCGAGCGUCUAAAUAUGUUGUUUCCACCUGCAGAAGUUUGCUCCAACACUGCCACAGGCGAGCACCUUGGGACUUCACAAGCGCACUGGUACUCGGAGGGGGGGGCCAGCCAACCUCCCUCCCCUUACCCUCGCCCUCUGUCUGCGAUGCAGCCAUCACUGCUCUAGCGUCUAAAUAUGUUGUUGUUGUUUACACCUGCAGAAGUUUGCUCCAACACUGCCACAGGCGAGCACCUUGGGACUUCACAAGCGCACUGGCCUGGAGCAGCAAUGUGAAUUAGCCUUGUCUGCUUCGAACACACUUUAGGGUAUUUAUUAUUUAGCUUGACGGCAAUAUUUUGUGACGUGCUGAUCCUCCAGCUGGAUUGUGAGGUAGUAGUCUCGUCAUAUAGAUCUAUAGAAUAGAAUGCCACCCGUCAACCAUUGACUUGAAUGUGAAUGUCCUUUCUACUCAUUCUUUCUCCUUUUUCUGUAUUUGUUUUUCUUCAGUUACAUCCGAGAGUCACAUUCCUUGCUUUACAUUUUAUAAAAAAAUAUUUAAAAAAUGUAUUUAACUAGGCAAGUCAGCUUAAGGACAAGUUCUUAUUUACAAUGACAGCCUAUCCCGGACAACACUGGGCCAAUUGUGCGCCGCCCUAUAGGACUUCCAAUCACGGCCGGUUGUGAUACAGCCUGGAUUCGAACCAGGGUGUCUGUAGUGACGCCUCUUGCACUGAGAUGCUGUGCCACCCAGGAGCUUUAUGCUUGCAUUACUCAAUGGCAAAUAUUCUAUUCAAAGCAAUGGAAGAUUUCUAUACAUUUUUAGUUUCUGUUCUACACCUGUUUGAGUAAAGGGGAUAAGCCCAGAUGGUGUGCCUGUAAAUAAACCAGUGUUUUCAUCCAGGGGUCAUACUCUCCCUGGUGGCUGAAAAUAAGAAUGACCAGAACAACCUUUUUUGAUGACGAUUUGAAAAGGAACAUUUGUGAAAUUAUUCGGAAUUUCUCAGUUUGGAUGGAAAUAUUGUUUUAGAUUCUAAGGUUUGUCUGCAUGAUCCACGUCGUUGAUGCGUGUGUGAAUUUACACAAUCUGGGUGAAUAAGUGUGUGUAUGACUUUUUGUAAAAUAUUGUGUAAUUAUAGAUCACUCUUAUCACCUGAAACUUGAAUCCCAUUCAGACAUUUUGUCUGUUUUCUACAAAUGUAUUUGUAUUCUGUGAAUAACUACACAGUAGCUUACACAUACACUGUAUUUGGCAUGCAGCACUGAGUGUCUUCAGAAAUAAAAUGUUUUACAUUUCAA